GUCAUCGGUAGCCACUCAGUCAUUCUCAUGUGGGCCUUCAUCCUUGUCAGAUGUUUAGGCGUCAAGAUAUUAGUUGCAUUACAUGUAUCAACAACCUGCUGCAUGGCAUAUUCCCCUAUUCCUUAUCUUUCUUUCCACCUCUGAAAACCUUCAAUGGUGGAUCCUCUGUCAAUAGCAGCAAUUGGAUGGGGCCUAACCGCCACAGGGUGGUUCGUCUCCCCAUACAUCACCAGGCUUCUGGACAAAGCCUACGCCCACAUCAAGCCAGGCAAAGCAAGCAAGAAGAUUCGGCUCCUGGUAACUCAGACUGUCCCUCGGUUGAAGCUUAUUCUAGAAGCAGCAGAGGGCAGCGAACAUAAGGAUCUUUUCGAGGAGUUGCUGACAGAUCUCAGAUCUGCUUUCUAUGCCACUGAAGACAUCCUGGAUGAAGUUGAGUACGUUCGUCGACUCAAGAUUGGGAGUAAGCGUAAAUUUGAUUCAUGUGUUGAAGAUAGCUCCUCAAGCCAGGGCAUUGGUACUUCAUCAAGUUUGACUAUCCCGGGCCCUUUAAGUAAACUUCUGAAGGAAAAUGUGACCAAGAUAGAAGAACUUAUUGAGAAAGUACAUAAAACUAUUGAAUCGGCAAACCUGCAAAGCAACAAUGGAAGUGACAAACGUAUAGCAACUACUACUGCAAAAAAUGUACAAGGGCCCACUCUUUCAGUCCCAACGGGCAAGGUAACAGGCAGAGAUGAGGAUCUUAAGAAGAUAACGGAUAUGCUUCGUCAGGCAGAAGACGAUACGUGUUUAUCUGUAAUUGGAAUUAUUGGUAUUCCAGGGUCUGGGAAGACAACGCUGGCACAAUGUGUGUGCACGUCCGAGAGAAAUGAUGACUAUUUUGACCUUGUUAUGUGGAUUCAUGUUUCGGAAUAUUUUACCGUGCAAACCAUUUAUGGUGAGAUGUUCGAGCAAGCUUGGCAAAAAUUUGGGGAGAAGGAUAAAAAAUACCCUCAAUAUAGUAGCCUUGAUAUGCUGAGAGCGGAACUGGAGAAGGUGCUAAAUGGCAAACGAUUCUUCUUGGUACUGGAUGAUAUCUGGUUCAAUAAGUUACAACAGUUACUCUCUCCAUUAAAGGUUGGAAAGGAAGGAAGAAAGAUCCUCGUGACAAGUCGACACGAUUCACUGUCAUGCCUAGGUCCUGAUGUGAGAACUACUACGUAUCAAAUACCUGAUUUAGAUGAUGAAGCCUUCUUGAAACUGUUCAUGCAUUAUGCACUUGGUAAUAAGCUUGUACAUAAGGCAGAUGAAGGAAAGCUCCAAAGUAUUGGUGAGGAGAUUGCAAAAAAACUGAAGAAAUCACCACUAUUAGCAAGAGUAGUAGGAGGAAUCCUAUUUCAAAAAAGAAUGGUUAAGGUUACCGAUUGGAGAAGUGUUAAAGAUCAGAAUCUCUUGGAUAAGCACAUGGGAGCUCUGUGGUGGAACUACAAUCAUCUUGGUGAGCAGGUCAGGCGGUGCUUUGCUUAUUGCAGCAUUUUCCCUAGAAGACAUCCUUUGCGCCGUGAUGAGUUAAUUAACCUGUGGGUGGCAGAAGGGUUUAUUAAUACCACAACCGGAGGACAGGAAGCUGAAGAUGUUGGUCAGGAUUAUUUUGAUGAAUUGUUGUCCACCUCAUUUCUGCUUCCUGGAUGGAAGGAUCACAUGCAUGGACAUGAGUACUUUGUAAUUCAUGAUCUACUUCAUGAUUUAGCAGUGAAGGUUGCAGGAAGUGAUUGCUUCAAAAUUGAGAAUGAAUGGACAGGAAAUAUUUCUAUAGAUGUUCGCCAUCUUUAUAUCCAGAGGUGUAAUGCAUCCAUGCUUACUGAGCAUAUUAUCAAACUGAAAAACUUGCGGAGUCUUAUCAUUUAUGAGAUUGACUAUGACAUAAGCAAACAAGUCCUUGAGGAGAUGUUUAGGAAGUUAAGUAAGCUGCGGGUACUGAUCUUGACAGCUACAAGUUGUCCUUCUCAGUUUAUUUUCCCAGAAUCUAUUGGUUCUUUAAAGUAUCUGCGCUAUCUUGGUAUUCAGAGAUUUGCUGACAACAUAACAAUGCCAAGCACAUUUGCCAAGCUUUACCUUCUGCAAGUGCUUGAUUUGGGUGAUGCGUGCAGUGUUCAUUCCUCCUUUGGUGAAAAUAUCAUUAAACUCUUUGACUUGCGGCAUGUAAUCAGUACAGUUGUGUGUUUUCCAAGCAUUGGCAGACUGACAUCACUUCGCACGAUGCCAAAAUUAUCUCUUUAUCCGGAAGAAGGCCUUGAUGGGUACGAGUUACACCAGCUGAAGCACCUCAACAAGCUUCAAGGCAAGCUUACAAUUGGAUGUCUUGAGUACACUAAAAGCAAGGAGGAAGCUCUUGAAGCCAAGCUAGCUGAUAAGGAACACCUCACAGAACUGAAAAUGUUAUGGUAUGAUGAGUACAUUUGUACCCCAGAUAUAGAAGAAGCGCAAGCAGAAGUAGAAGCAGAUGUGCUCGAGGGUCUUUGCCCACCGGAGAAUAUUAAAUCAUUGACAAUAUCUGGUUACAGAGGUUCAAGGUAUCCAAGUUGGAUGGUUAGCACGCAGAAGAGCACAAUGCACCUGCACAACCUCGUGCUUGACUCGUGCGACCACCAGCCUGAUUCUAGCCCCGGACUCUUUUUCAUUCCUGUUAGUUCUCUCGAGCUACAUGGCUGCUGGUGGGACACCUUACCCUACAACAUGGAGGACCUCGAGUCGCUCUAUCUUCACGGUAGUAAUAUACCAUCCAAUAUGCAGCACCUCACGUCGCUCAAGAAACUGAUCAUCAAAUGUGAGGAACUUUAUUCAUACGAAGUUACUCUUCCAACACUGCCCAGUUGUCUUGAGUACAUUGAGAUUAGUGGCGGGAUAUACAUAGCAGAUAACAAAAUUUGGGAGAAGAUUAAGGAUGUUCCAAAUAAGGUUAUCGAUGGUUUGCCAAUUGAUGGCAUUGAAGAUUUUCCGUGGACUGAAGGGUUGGUGCAGAUUCGUCAGACGAGGGCUCUGAGGCGACCGGAUAAUACGGAAGGCGCUGGUGGCAGCAGUCUUCCGAUGGGUAGCAGUGGCAGUUCCUCUGCAGAGGAGGACAGCGGAGGGACGGCCAUGGUCUGAGAGGCAAAGGUUGGCGGCAUGGUGAAACUGAAACGAACCCGUUUGUUUCCUUUGGUUUGUUUUCUAUUCUAUUCUAUGGUUUGUGACGUUAGGGAAUGAUACACGGGAUGGGAUUCAGCUGGUUCGAACCGGUAACCCCAGCCUUUCCUGUAUGAUUCAGUUAUCCCUUUGCUAUUUACUGUUGCAUUUUGCUGUACUGUUUGUGCGUAUGCAUCCUUCAUUAAUGGGUGAUGCGAACAUAGUAGCUCCAAUUAAUGGGUGUAUGUCUGCAUAGUCUGCAGCAGUGUAAAUCUCUCUUUAUCUGCUGUCCAAGUACAUCUUUGCUUCAUAC